AUGGCAGAGAACUCAUCCACCGCACCAGCCGCAAAGCCCAAGAGAUCCAGGUCAACCAAGAAGUCCACCGACCACCCAAAGUACUCGGACAUGAUCGUGGCUGCGGUCCAGGCGGAGAAGAGUCGGUCUGGUUCGUCACGCCAGUCUAUCCAAAAGUACAUUAAGAAUCACUACAAGGUGGGGGACAAUGCUGACUCCCAGAUCAAGUUAUCCAUCAAGAGGCUGGUGACCUCUGGCACCCUCAAGCAGACCAAGGGUGUGGGGGCUUCUGGAUCCUUCAGGUUGGCCAAGUCUGAGGAACCUAAGAAACCAACUAAGAAGCCCAAGAAGGAGGUCAAGAAAUCGGUAACUCCCAAAAAAGCAGCAAAGCCGAAAAAGGCGGCCAAGUCUCCAGCCAAAGCCAAGAAGCCCAAAGUGGUGGAGAAGAAAGCAAAGAAGGUGACAAAGAAAAAACCGGCACCCUCACCUAAAAAAGUCAAAAAGACAAAGACUGUCAAAGCCAAACCCGUCAAAGUAUCCAAGGUGAAGAAGGCAAAGCCAUCCAAGCCCAAGGCAAAGGCCAGUCCAAAGAAAUCUGGGAGGAAGAAGUGA